AUGGGAGACUAUCAUCUGUUUCCCCCCGCGAAACCAAGUGAAGUCACUAGAUAUACGCGAUUACCGCUACCUCCGCUGCCGAACCAACAUCCAUCGAAAGCAUAUUUCACACAGCAGAGUGCUUCUUCUUACGAGUCCAUUCUACUGAUCAGAGUGCCGUCGCCCGGGCUCUGUGAUCAGGACGAGAUCCACAAGAUUUGGUCUCGCGCGUCGCAGCACUCUGUUGCGUACGACCGGAGAAAUUCGCGUGGGCAACCCCAAGUUCUUCUGCCACCGGCUCUGGAGUAUCGGUAUUCUGAUAUCUCUACCGAGGGGGUUCCAUGCCGCCUGUCAUCAACAUCAACAGAUUCCUUCAGUGACACCUCGCCUAUACUCUCGAAGCGGAGCGUGACUCCGGACCUCUUGCAACAGCUCACUGGUGAUCUCACCUCCCACUGCUUGACAACACCUACAAGUUCAGCCAACAUCUCUGCUCCCUCAACACCUCCUUCAACCCCCGAGGUCACCAUCAAGAUGCUUGACCGUACCACAUCAGUGCGCCGCAAGCAACCUGCUGCACUGUCGAGUACCAGCACUACCCGCCGGCGUAACAUUUCUUCACCUAUGCCUUCGCCAGUCUCGUCCUCCGGCUCGGCCCUGACUCACAGCCUAUCCAACGAUCCCGCGGUACACGAAGCCAAGUAUCAGCCGGGCCGCCCUGCUCCCUCCGUCCCCGGGCAUGCCGGGGCCAGUCCUAACACGCCAAAGCCGGAAGUGUCCUGCAUCGACUGGGACGACGACGAUCUUCACGGGCGACUAGCUCGUAUGAAGAAGUCGAUUGGCGACCUCCGUUCUGCUGCGCUGCGACCAAAGGUCAGCCCCAAGUUCGAUCCGGCAUCGGACACGGGCAAUGGUGCGGUAAUUCCCACGCGUCCGCACGCCGGGCGGUCCGUCACUGCCCCUAUGCAGACACUCCGUGGCGCCGCACCUACACCACCUCCACAAGGACCAUUGCCUUCUCGUCCCAUGACGCGGCCUGCAGAUUCUGCUCAGCGGUUGAGGCAGUCGCUGCCCUCUCUACCUUCGCGAGAUCCAAGCGUCGCUACCAGCCAAGCCCCAGAGCAAACUCGGCCCUCUCUGGCACCGGCGGUCCAGCUUGUUGAGAAGCUCCCCACUGCGAGCCCGAAAACCCUAGGUCGUCGGCGUGCCAAAACCGAUCCCCCGCAACGCGUCCCCUCCGCCCGGUCGGGUGUCAGCUUCCAAAGCAAAGGUGCGAGAACCGCUUCGACGCGUAGCUCCAACGCCAGCGAACGCAGCUCGACUGAAUCGGAGCUUGAGAAAUCCGCUCUGACGAAGAAGUCGUCCGUCAAGCGGAAGCAAAGGCUCAGCGUGUACAGCACAAGCAGCCGGGCUGGGACCAAAGGCCGGGGAAGGCACACCAACACCGGUAUGGGCAGGUUGCGAAGGUAUUUCCGCUGGGCGUGGAAGUGUCCGCCUGAGGCGGCGUUGACGGCUCCGUUGAGAGACUGA